GAGGCCAACUUUAAUGACAACAACAAUGGUCAGUUAAUACAAAACGAAGACGAUCAAAAUACUAUCAAUGAGAUGCAGGAAGUCCGCUCAACCUUGAUAGAUAUUAUGUAUGACUUGACUGCUGAUGGUUCUUUGCUGGAAAUGCCAAGUGGAAGAGAACAAACAGCUGCAUCCGUAAACAGUGUGACGUCAUUCAAGAAUCCAUCUGAAUUGACUGCAGACACUCAGGAAAAAGCCAAUGUCAUAAUGGCAAGUGUUGCUUUAAAAAUAUUUCUCGGGUCAUCAAAUAUAAUUGUUGCAGCGAACUAUCAAGAAAAGAAAGUGAAUUUAACAGAGAAUUCUGAUGAAAAGUCCAUGACUGUGAUCACCACAGCGUUGGAUGUCAUAGACACUGCAUUAACUGCUGCAUUAGUGAAAGUGUUACCAGAUGUUGAGCCUGUUGUCUUGGAAACACAACAGAUAAAAGUGGAACUGUCGAAGGAAUAUCCUGAUGAACUAUCCGGUAAACGUUUCGUUUCUGCUGUUGGUGGAUUCACACUUCCUGAUAGUAAUGAACAUUAUGACUACUUACUAAGACGACCAGUAGGGACAAAGUUUAUGUCAUUUCGAAGAAAUCCGUACUCAUUUAAUAAAGCCAAACAUUUUGCUGACGUCCCAGUUGUCGAUCUCGUAAUGAAACUUGGAACGCAGGAUCUGGAUACGACAGUGUAUCGAGUUUAUAUUGGUUACAAAUACUUGCCAAGUGAAAAGACUUACGAUAAAAAAUAUGUCGCUGGUGGUAGUUAUCCCUAUGAAAUCAUGAUACCAACACAGAAACGUGGUAUAUACAAUGUUCUUGUUAAGUUGGAUGUAAAUGAUAAAAUAAAUGACAUCCAUGUAAACGGAACGACCUUAUAUCAGAUAAACUCUACGAGAAAUGAAACGAAUGAAUCCACUACAAUCGAUAUACUACCCGCAAAUUCGGAAGAUGGUGGCGCACUAACUCAAAAUGGAACACUGUCUGUUAGAUUACAUAUGUGUCGAUACUGGAAUACACAUAAUAAACAAUGGGAAGACGAUGGUUGCAUGGUUGCAUCGAGUAGCGAUGAUGGAUUUAUUAGGUGUCAAUGUAACCAUCUAACCUCGUUCACAGCAUCUGAUUUUGUGGUUCCUGUCAACAAAAUAGACUUUGGAACUGUGUUUACAAAGAACAUUCUUGACAACUCAUCAGUUCUGAUUACAAUUUUGACGUUUUUUGUAGCCUAUGUGUUACUGGCUAUAUACCUAAGGAGAAAGGAUAAACAAGAUAUCGUAAAUUGGAGGUUGAUUCCAUUGUCAGAUAAUGAAGCUAAUUGCACGUACAACUACCAAAUCACAGUAUACACUGGUAUCCAUUCGUGCGCAGGAACUAAAUCGAACGUACAGUUUAUAUUGUCUUCGGAUACAAAUGACACUGGUAUAAGAUCAUUGGCAGGUACUGGUCGGAACGUUAGUCUCGGUCGUGGAAGUGUUACUAACUUUGUAAUGGCUGUACCCGAGUAUUUGGGACAAUUGCAGUACAUUCGUUUAUGGCACGACCACUCAGGUUACGGGGAUGCUGCUUCGUGGUAUCUGGAAAGAAUUGUUGUGUUUGAUCUUCAAACUGAGGAAAGAUUCGACUUCACCUGUUACAAAUGGUUUGCAGUCGAUAAAGGUGACGGUAAAGUGGAGAGAAUACUACCAGCCGAUGGGUCAAUGCAGUUAUCCUCACUCAAAAACAUAUUUUCAAAUACAACUAGAGACAAAUUAUCGGACGAUUAUCUAUGGGGUUCAAUGUUUUGGAGACCAACAAGGAGUACCUUUACACGACUUCAGCGACUUUCUUGUUGUGCUGCUUUUAUUUAUUUGACAAUGAUUGCGAAUGCUAUGUUUUAUGACACAAGCGGUGGCGACGGGGGAACCAUAAUUGCAGGCACCAAAACGAUUGUCAUAGGACCAUUUAGGCUUUCCUUAGGCACAUUGUAUAUAAGCUUCAUCAGUUGCUUGGUAACCGUACCUAUGCUAGCAAUCAUCAUGAAACUUUUCCAGAAAUCCUCACCUCGCAGGACACGGACUAGUCAGCGUUACAAAGUUGUCGGCAGUCGACAUACAGAAAGCACUAACCUUUGGCCAUGGUGGGUUGUUAUCAUUGCAUGGGGACUGGUAGUGAUUGCCAUGGUAGUACCUUCUUUCUUUGUAAUAUUAUACAGUCUACAAUGGGGAAAGGAAACGUCAGAGGAAUGGAUGACGUCACAAUUGACAUCGCUAAUUUUAUCGGCUCUUGUUAUCGAUCCAUUAAAGGCAUUUGGUAUCUCCUUAUUAAUAUCCGUGAUUUAUGCAAGACUUCAAAAGCCAUAUAUUGAUGAGCAUAUCCUUCAGGCUAGUAGUGAAUCGGAAUCAGUUAGCGCUCCAAUUAAUGUCUCUAAGGAUUCUGGUUUACCGAACAAGCGUCCUCUCACAGAGACAGAAGUGAAAAGCGGAAAGGAAGUGCUUAUGAAAGAAAAACGAGUGAUAUCUCUCUUGAGGGAUCUUGUUUUCUACCUCAUAUUUCUCAGUCUUGUGAGUGCCAUUGCAUCUGUUUACAGAAAUGAUGCGUUAUAUUAUGCUGGGAAGAAUGUCAACGAUAUACUAUCAUACAAUACAGAGGUGACAAACGCCGAUUCCUUCUGGAAAUGGAUUAGAAACGAUGUCGUGCGUGGUGUAUUCCCUUGGAAAAACUACAAUGGAAACAUUUUACCAACAGACAAUAAUGAUAUGAAUGUGUUCGGCAAUUUAGUUAGUUAUUCUGUUGGACCUGUUGUAUUGCGUCAGCUGAGAGUUAAUGAAGGUGUGUGUGAAACUCAUUCAGUUGUGAGUGGAAUAACGAAAUGUUAUGGAGAAUAUUCAAGUGUAAACGAAGAUAUAGCGGCAUACAAUACUUCUUGGACUCCCUUUACUGAUUUGACCAAUGUGACGUCACAAUCUCCAUGGAUACAUAGUAGUGUCCUUGGUUUACCAAUUAACGGUGUCCCAUUUGUUAGUUCAGGGGGUACCGCAUACAAUGAUGGUGGAUAUAUCGCUACUCUGGGUAGAUCGGAACCAGAGGCAAAUGAGUUGUGUUCCUCGUUGUAUGGGUUAUACUUUCUGAGAUUAAAUCUCAAAAACAUGGCGCUGGAAGAAAUACAAAAACGACAAGGUACAUUUGGUACAACCCGUUAUCUUGUUAUGAUAGACGAAAUCUUCACCAUUUUCCUGGCAUGCAUUUCAUUUAUGACUAUUAUAAGUUACGUCCGCAUUUUGGCAUUUAAUUUUCGUAUACGAGUUUUACAAGAGACUCUAGCGAUCGCAUGGCCACAGAUCAAGUCGUUUUCCAUCAUGUUCUUUCUCGUUUUCUUUGCUUUUGCCCACAUGCUGUAUAUUCUGCUCUGUCGCAUGUCAGUUGGGUUCAUGACUUUAUGGACGACUGUGUUCAAUCUGUUAACCAUUGUUGUUAAUAGUAACCUAAAGGAAGAUUUAUCACAUUUGUCAAAUUCGACGUUUAUUCAGGUUAUUCUCAUUACAUUUGUAAUAGUUGAGGUGUGGGUUGUAUUAAUGGUGCUACUGGCAAUUGUUGACCAUUCUUGCACGCUCGCUAGAUCUAAAAAAUACAGCGAAAACCUUGAAUCUGAUCUAAUAGCUUUCUUGUCAAAGAAAAUGCGACAUCUGAUGAGCUACAUACCAUGUCAUAAGCAGGUGGUAACUACGCAUGCUCACUCAGACGAAGGACGAAUAGAACAUGCAUUGACAGAAAGCGAUGUAAAUAUUUGUGAACUUGAAGAGCGUUGUAACAGGAUAGAUGUUUUACUGCAACACUUGGAGGCGGAUGUUUUACUGUUUGACAGAAUCACAGACGAAGCCGCUAAUAAAAUACAAUGA